ACAGCUGUGAGCCCCCACGCCUGGUGAUUCUGUAAUUUUUUAAGCAUUUGGCCUAUUCCUAUUUCUUUGUCCAGGGGGGAUCAGCCUGGAGUCUGUUUCCUUUAGUUAGAGCACUGGUAAUGAUCAGGCGGAGGCAGGGGCACCACGAAGAGCUGGGUUUGAAGACCUCGACUCCCUGCGGGAGGCCCGCCGGAAUCUUCCCCUCCCCCAGUCCUACCCCCAAGCUAGGGGCCUCCUGGCGCAGGCGCUGGGGGAGGGGAAGCCUCUGCGGGUCCCCGGGGACUGGCGGGGCUGGCUUCCCAGCUCUAGCAGAUGACUUGCCCUAACUGUGCAGCAGGCGGGAGGGGACGAACUCACUGUGCACUUGCUGUGUGCUAGGUACUCUUUAGAUUCUUAUACCCCUUCAGCUUUUUUAUUAAUCUAUUUUUAAAAUUCCAAAACAAACACAAAGAGAAGUUAUGCGUACAGUACAGAGAAACGAUUUUGUUUCCUGAACCGUUUGAGAGUAACCUGUCAACCCGAGCCCCGCAUUCCCGGGUGCUUUGGUGUGUAAACUGCGGCCUUGCUCGCGAUGUGGCCGUGAAGUACUUCGCUGCCGUCAAGUCCUUAGUCCCGUUCGGGUUUUCCGUGGGUCCCAGUAGCGUCCUUUCCAGCAAAGGGACCCACAUCGGAACCAACCAUGCGUUGCGUUACUCGUCCGGUCUCCGGUCUCCUGCAGGCUGGGGGUUGCUCGGUCUCUCCUCGACGCGCAGGACUGUCAUUUCCGAUUUUGCAGAGCGGCCACCGCGGGCGGGCCUGCUGUCUGGCAGGGCUGAGUUCUCAGCGCGUCUCAUUGCAGGACUGCGAUCCGGGGUGCUCGCCGAUCACUCUGGGCACGUCGCGGGUUUUCUCCCCGGGUUUUCUUAGCCCUCCGGGUGCCCCGACACCCUCGCGGUGCAGGGACCCAGGCCCUUCCCGGCGGCUGGCGGGCGCCGCCUGGUGGCCGUCGUCAUCUCGUCUCCUGAGCGCCGGGACUGCCGGAGGCCCGCCCGGAGACUGUCCCGGGACAGGGGACUGGCAGGUGUCGGGAAGAGGGGCCCUUCCCCCACAGGCACCAGGGAGGGCGCCUCUUUACAUACAUGUGCGUCAGUGUUUAUUUCUCUGUCGGUAGGAAACCACGAGUUCACACCCUCACCUUCGGUUGUAAGCCAAUACCACAGGAUUCAUUCUGGUUCUCUCCGGCGCAUAGGUCUACCUCUCUGACUGUUGGAAGACUGGCUCCCGUUAUCCUCAGUGUGUUUACUUGAUAGGACCAGGCCUUUGUAUCUAAUCUCCUGUCUUCACCGCCAACCCCUACCAGCCCAGCCCCCCGUGGGCUCUGACACUGUUUGGCAGGGUUCCUUCUUCUGUCUGAUGCACCCAUGCCCCUCACCGCUUGGAUUCUGCCUCCCCUGUCAGAAAGGCGGCCCUUUCUUGAGGUCUCCUAUACCACUGUGCAUGGCCCUGACUCCUCUUGCCAGGGUGCCCCUCCAGGAAGGCCCUCCCUGCUGUCCUUGGGCUCUGACACCCUGCUCUGGGCCACCACCUCAUCACUGGCACCCUGCACCCCACCUUGCUCUGCCCCAUCUAAUGUAGGACUGAAUUCUUCAGGAAGAGAAGAGGAUGCAUGUUCCCUUGAAUGACGGCUCUGGCGAUGUAGAUGGUUUUCAUUUUAUAAUCUCAAUUUUAGUUACAGUGAUGGAUACAUCCAUCUGUACUGUAGUAAUUCAUGAGCAUAUCUGAAAAAGGAAAAAUAUAGUUUGUAUUGCAAUUCAAAUGUGAGGGAGUGUGUGUGUGUGUGCAUGCACGUGUGCGUGCGUGGGCCAGUUGUAGGCAGCAGGAACAGGCCGCAGAGGCUGGCUGUGUAGGUAAAGGGCAGCUUCCCAGUUGGAAGGAGCAGCAAUAGGAUGUUGGAGGAAGGUAUACCUGUUCUGUGGUGUCAAACCUGUGCUGGAGUCGCCUCUAAAAUAGUGAGAUGUCCAGGGUGCUGCAGAAGGACGCAGAGCAGGAGUCACAGAUGAGAGCAGAGAUCCAGGACAUGAAGCAGGAGCUCUCCACGGUCAACAUGAUGGACGAGUUCGCCAGAUACGCAAGGCUGGAAAGGAAGAUUAACAAGAUGACGGAUAAGCUCAAAACUCACGUGAAAGCACGGACAGCUCAGUUAGCCAAGAUAAAAUGGGUUAUAAGUGUUGCUUUCUACGUAUUGCAGGCUGCUCUGAUGAUCUCGCUCAUCUGGAAGUACUAUUCUGUCCCUGUGGCUGUUGUGCCAAGCAAAUGGAUAACCCCACUAGACCGGCUGGUAGCCUUUCCUACUAGGGUAGCAGGUGGUGCCUUCUUGAUAUGUCCUCCCAUGGUGGAAGGAAGGCAAGGACGAGCUCCCUUGGGCCUCUUUUAUAGGGACACUCAUCCCAUUCAUGAGGGCUCUGCCCUGGUCACCUAAUCACCUCCCAAAGGCCCUACCCCCUAGUCCCAUCACUGGUGGUGGUGUUGGAAUUACCUGUUGGAUUUUAGUCUGUAACAAAGUUGUGGCCAUUGUGCUUCAUCCUUUCAGCUGAAAAGGAAGAAAAAUG